AUGUCGCAAGCUUUACAAUCCAAGGGUCCGGCAUGGAUUCAUCUAAAGACAUUGAAGAAACGCGAAGAUGCCGCGAAACAAUGGGAUGAGCGAGCCGAAGCCAUCUUGAGAGGGGAGGCGAGAAACCUCUGGGACAUAUUCGAAGAGCGUGGCUUCAUCAAAGACGUUGCAGGACGUCCCGAGUCGAUCAAAGAGCUCAUGAGAACCAAGCGAAUCGGCGCAUACGUUGGCGUCGACCCCACGGCGCCGUCCCUCCAUCUUGGGCAUCUCCUCCCCAUGAUGCCGGUCUUCUGGAUGUACUUGCACGGUUACCGAGCCGUGACCUUGAUCGGCGGCGCCACGGCUAGGAUAGGCGAUCCCACCGGACGGCUGCAGUCGCGAGAGACCAUGUCGAACAGCGAGAUCGCCACCAACAUCACGAGGAUACACUACCAAAUGAAAAAGCUGUGGACCAAUGUCGAAGCGGAGAAGCACAAGUACGGUUACCAGAGGACCUGGGACAUGUCGCGGCACCUUGUCAACAACAACACAUGGUGGCAGAGCCUGUCAUUAUACGACGUUAUGAAGAGGCUAGGCCGCUAUGUGAGGAUGGGCCCGAUGCUGUCGCGUGACACUGUCAAGAACAAGAUGGAAAAGGGCGACGGCAUGUCCGUGGCCGAGUUCAUGUACCCCCUCAUGCAGGGCUGGGACUGGUGGCAUAUGUACUCCAAACUCGGCGUCCAAAUGCAGGUCGGCGGGUCGGAUCAGUACGGGAAUAUCGUCACGGGCAUCGAGUCCAUCAAGACCAUCCGCGCGUCUGAGACGGCAGAGCAUCUGAAAAUCGCCGAGACCUGGAAAGACGACCCCAUCGGCUUCACCGUGCCGCUCCUCACAGACGGCGCGGGCACCAAGUUCGGCAAGACCGCCGGCAAUGCCAUUUGGCUGGACCCGACCAUGACCAGCGCCUUCAGCCUGUACGGCUAUCUCGUGCGGAGGCCCGACGACGAGGUCGAGCAGCUCCUCAAGUACUUCACCUUCAUGCCCGUUCCGGACAUCACCAAGUUGAUGGAGGAGCACGGCCAAGACCCGCCCAAGCGAGUCGCGCAGCACAAGCUCGCUUUCGAGGUCCUGGCCCUCGUCCACGGCGCCGAGGUGGCCACCCGCGAGCAGCACCAGCAUCGCCUGAUGUACAGCAAGGGCGGGGCCGCCGCGGUACCCGUACCCACAGGCGACCCGUCGGAAUACCAGGCCGCCGACGGCCGACCCGUGACGCCCAACAACGCGCCCCGCAUGGACAUGCAGCUGCCGCGCUCCGUGCUGUCCAUGAGCCCGGCCAAGAUCCUCCACGCCACGGGGCUGGCCGCCAGCACGAGCGAAGGGCACCGCAUCCUGGCCCAGUCCGGCGCCUACGUGGCCGCCCGGCCGGGCGACAGCAUGCGGGAGCUGAUCCCGGGCAACCUGGACUGGACGCCGAUGAAGCUCUGGCAGCCGCAGGCGGUGCAGACGUUCCUCAUCGACGGCCGCGUGCUGAUCCUGCGCAAGGGCAAGCACAACGUGCGCAUCAUCGAAAUGGUCAGCGAUGAGGAGUGGAAGGCCUCCGGGAAGACGUACCCGGGCGAGCCCGGCACGGGCAAGACCCGCCAGGCCAUGGCGGUGCUGCGGGAGCUCGCCGAGGCGGAGGGCAAGACGCUUUCGCAGAAGGAGCUCUACCGGCUCGCGCAGGAGAAGCUGGCCGCGGAGGAGGAGACGACGGUGGUGAACAACCCGGACAUUCGGUUCCCGAACAAGCUGGAGAGGAUGAAGGUGUUGGGCGAGUUGAAGCCAAAGGGGAAGUAGAGUAGCCCCCAGAGGCGGGAAGAGAGGACGACGACGCUGUACAACAAAGUAAAAAAAUCCAUGUACCAUAGAAAAUGUAGUAGACACAACUUAGCCACCCCCGUUGAACGCCUUGUACAU